GUUGGUAAGAUGAUUACCUUGUCUGUAAGAUGGAAAAGGGUGAUUCAAAGUUUAUUAUUUUUAUCUAAUUGUCAGUUAAACUAAACGUUCAUCUUUAACUUGAUUUUGUUAACUAUUGAUUAUAUCCAUUAUUUUUAAACCAGUGUAAGUGACCAUCAUCAAUAAUUGAACCAGUGAACAGUUAUUUAAAAAUGUGCGGUUAAUUAACCAUCAUUAACCAAGUAGAUAACAUAAUAUGUAAACAUUGAAAACGAUUCUUUAAGCUAUGUUCACCAAUAACCGAUAUCUUUUUUAUUAAAGCCAUUUUAUUUUGCUCAACUGAUUGCUAAAUCACCUUACUUUCCAUUGACAACAUAACCAUCUACUGUUUUCAGACGACUUUAUGUAUCAACAGAGUAACCAUCUGCUCUUGUGAUAGAUAACCUUUUAAUUUACAAUCAGUUUUAUAGCCAGUCUAUCAAUUUGUUAAGAUAAACUGUACAUUUUGUGUAAAAAAUCAACAAUUUCAUUCGAAUCAUCUGUUAUCUAAAAUUAAUUUUCUCUUAUAAGAUCUUGUGCUACAUUUUGUUCUCUUCUCUCAAUCUGUUACUGUGAGAUAUGACACAUGGAGCCAGUAAGAUUAAUUGACAAUUUAAGUGAAGAAGUUAAAGAGUUGAAACAUCUCAAUGUAAGAUUGAAAAGCUUCAAUGAUACUCUGACCGAUGAGAUAAAAUCAAUCGAAAGUCGAUUACUUAUUGCUGAAGAAGAGAAGAAACAAUUAGAAAGUCAAUGUCGACAACUACAAGCAAAGAUUGAUCUCAUCAAAGAAGAGAAAGAAUCUGAGAUUAACGAACUGAAGGAAAAUUGUGCUAACCACAUCGAAGUUCAGAGACGUCUAGAUAAAUCUUUAGACUCACACAAAAAACAAUUAGCAGACGUUAAGGAUGAGCUUUCUCAAGCCCGAGAGGAGACAUUAAAAAUACGUAAAGAACUGGAAUUGGCUAAAAAACGCGAAAAUGAGUUGCGACAAGAAAUUGGUGAUGUUCAACAAACUUUAGAGACCGAGAUCGUUAAAAAUGAGGAACUCAGAGAAGAGCUGGAGGAUUUUAGAUCUACAAACAAAGCAAUGAAAGACGAAAUAGAUUAUUUGAGAAAAGAAAAAGAAGCAAUAACUCAAAAGAUGGUCCGUAAAGAAAAUGAUUUUGAGGAUAUGAAAACCAUCUUGAGCUAUGGUACCGAUUUCACAUUCUCAAAACCUCUUCCAGGAGUUGAUGUAUGCUCCGAAAUAUUUGAUAAAGACAAUUUGACUGAAACAAGAUUGAGUUUGGCUAAUCUUAUUCAUCCUAUCGAUACCUCAUUGGAACAUUUAUCUCCUAUUGUUGCACCAAAUAAUAUGUUACAACGAUACCGCCGACAAUCAGGAUCCCCAAUAACAUCAACUGGAAGGAAACCUCCUAUUCGAGUCAGAUUUGAUCUCACAGCACAGUCAAUUGACCAAGCUCCACCAUCUCCACCUCCAUCAAUUUGUUCUUCCACAACAUCGAACGUGGAAAAUGAAAAACCUCAAUUUGGACCAUUCUGCUUCCUUUUGUUAACUUUCAUACUAUUUUGCUAUACAUUCAUUGUUUAUCCUCUAAAGUACACAUAUCAUUAUCUAAUAGCAACCAUACUUCUACCUGGAAUCAAGGUUGAAAGAAUCACAUCAUGUCAAUGAUACCAAUUUAAGCCAAAGUAAUAAAGUGAGCAAUCUUGUAAACAAUUAAAUUUAAGAGAAGAAAAGAGAGAGAUGAAGAGAGAAAAGAAGGAGAUAAAAAGAUUUUGUUGACUUUCAAUGAUCAUCAACCUCCUUGUGAACCUCUUGUCACUUGAUUCUUGUGUUUUGCUUCAUAAUAAUAUUAAUUUCUCCGUCCUCGUAAAUAAAUUCACAUUGAAUUAUGUUCAAUUGCCGUUUAGAAGCUAUCGGAUGAUAAUGAUGAUUUGUAGUUGAGCUUUAAACUUCCUUUGGAUACUCCACUACUUCUAAUAACUUUUUUUGGUGGUGUUGGUGGCUCAUUCGUGUAAUCUGGAUUGUUCAACACAGUUAUUUUGAAAUUGUUUCGGAUCCAAUCGUUAUACGAAGUAAGUUCAGCACCAA